CAGCCUGGCUUGCCCUGCAAUCCUGCUGAGCCCCUUCCCGCUAAUUGGUCCCAGAUGGCUUUGCCUCUUUCCGAGCAACAGGAACUUUGGCCACUCGGGGGAGAAAGGGUGCGGGGAGGAAUGGAGAGGGAGGAAAGGAAGGGGGCUGCCUGCGCCCAGUGGGGCUUGGGCUGGCUGACCCUAGGAGGCUAAGCUCCGCCAGCCAGCCCCGACCAACCCAGACACGAGGUGCAGGGGAGAGAUAGCGAAGAAGAAGCUGCUGCUGCUGCAAGGCAUCCAUCGCAACCUGGGAGCGCCCUCGCCGUCUCCCCUCCCCCAGCAUGAGGUUGGCUGGCUGUUCAGGGAAGGCGGCCUGAGGGAGAAAUGCGGAAGGCGGGGACUGCUGCCGCCUGCUUCCAAUGAGCUCAUCCUGCUUGCUCUGCCUGGCUGGCGCUGCUGGGAGAGUCCCGCUCGGGACACACACCGAGAGAGCCUGCCUGGAGCGCCUUUCGGGCGCUGGACUCCCAGCAAGGCGGAAGAGGAAAGCAUUAAAAUGUUAAAAGCCGUUUUGAAGAAAAGCAGGGAUGGUGGAAAGUCAAGCAAAAAAGAAUCUGUAGGUGAUUCAUGCUCAGAAAGUGCACUACAGAUAAUCACCACAUCUGGCCAUAGUGCAGACUUCCCUGGUGGUAUCCAGCCUGUACCUGAAGAUGUGUACAGAAUGAAUUUGGCCAAAGGAGUCUCAAUGUCUUUGCCAUCAUCACCUCUGUUGCCUCGUCAUGCCUACUUGAUGCAAUCAAGAGCAAGCAAAAAAUCUCCAGGUCCUAUCAGGAAGCCCAAAUAUGUGGAAAGUCCCCGGGUGCCAGGAGAUGCAGUUGUCGCACCUAUGAGGAAAGUGUCAGAGCCGACAGAACACCACCAGAAUGAAACAAAGUCAGAGAAUGAAUCAAACUGUUCCCCGGCUGCUCAGGAACUGAUGACAAGACUGGGUUUUUUACUGGGAGAAGGGAUUCCAACUUCUGCCCACAUCUCUGUAGAAGAAAAACAUGAAACUAUGUGCACAGUUGCUAGUCAAGGCGUCAGCCCUUGUUCUACACUAACCAGCAGCACUACGUCGCCUAGCACCGAUAGUCCCUGCUCCACUCUGAAUAGCUGUGCUGGCAAAACGGCAGCCAACAAAAGUAGUCCCUGUGGGACCAUUAGCAGCCCAAGCUCCACAUUGGAAAGCAAGGACAGUGGAAUUAUAGCAACAGUAACAAGUUCAUCUGAAAACGAUGACCGUAGUGGAUCCAGUUUGGAAUGGAGUAAAGAUGGGAGCCUCAGAACUGGUGCACACCAAGGAAUUAUCCAUGAACGAAGGACAGAUAAUUGUUCUCCGGUUGUAGAAGAGGAGGCAGUUGGGUCUUCAGAAAGUUUGCCAAAAGUGGCCACAUCUUCUGGAGAUGGCCCCAUUACUUAUAUUCAGAGCUCUGGCUCAUUAGUAAUGCCUCGACCCAAUUCUGUUGCAGCAACAAGUUCCACCAAGCUAGAAGACCUGAGCUAUUUGGAUGGACAGAGAAAUACUCCGUUGCGGACCUCGAUUCGCUUACCAUGGCACAACACUGCCGGAGGACGAGUUCAACAAGAAAUCAAAGCACGCUUUGUCCCCUAUAAGCCUCAAGACAUUUUGCUAAAGCCACUAUUGUUUGAAGUGCCAAGCAUAACAACGGACUCUGUGUUUGUCGGAAGAGAUUGGCUGUUUCAAGUCAUAGAGGAAAAGUUGAAGAAUACAGAGCAGGCAGAAACUAGGGGAGCUGUUGUCAUUGGAAAUGUGGGAUUUGGGAAGACGGCUAUUAUUUCAAAGCUUGUGGCACUUAGCUGCCAUGGGAGUCGCAUGAGGCAGAUUGCUUCCACCAGCCCUAAUUCGCCUAAAACCAGUGACCCUUGUCAAGAGAUUCCUCUCAGCCAGUUACCCUCUUCUCUUACCUCAGCUGGUAUCAGUACAGCCAAAACUUUGAAUUGCCGCCCUCCUCAGGAAAAUCAGAACCAAAUGGGUGAUUCAGUUAGACGACUUGCUUCAAAGGUGGUUGCCUAUCACUACUGCCAAGCUGACAAUACAUAUACAUGCCUUGUACCAGAAUUUGUGCAUAGUAUUGCUGCUCUGCUUUGCCGGUCACAUCAGCUGACAGCUUACAGAGAACUUCUAAUAAGGGAACCACACCUGCAAAGCAUGCUUAGCCUUAGAUCCUGUGUUCAGGAUCCAGUAGCAGCAUUCAGAAGAGGUGUGCUGGAGCCACUUGCCAACCUAAGGAAAGAACAGAAAAUUCCAGAAGAAGAAUACAUCAUUCUGAUAGAUGGCUUAAACGAGGCAGAAUUCCACAAACCUGAUUAUGGGGACACAGUUUCUUCAUUCAUCACAAAUAUAAUUUCUAGAUUUCCUCCAUGGCUAAAACUGAUAGUGACUGUAAGAACAAACCUUCAGGAAAUAAUCAGCUCGCAUCCUUUCUUUACCAUCUCCCUAGAUGAUUUCCCUGACAACAAAGAAAUACAGGCUGACUUGAAUGCAUAUAUUCAGUACAGGAUCAAUGCCAGCCAGGAAAUUAUAAACAAUAUAUCUCUGAAUGGAAAAGCUGAUGCAGCUAUCAUUGGGAAAGUGAGCAACCACCUCAUCAUGAGGAGUAUGGGAUCCUAUCUAUACUUGAAACUGACACUAGAUCUCUUUCAGAAGGGCCACCUAGUUAUCAAAAGUGCAAGCUACAAGGUGGUUCCAGUCUCACUUUCAGAGCUUUAUUUGCUUCAGUGCAAUAUGAAGUUCAUGACUAACUCUUCGUUUGAAAGGGCCCUGCCAGUGCUGAAUGUGGCUCUAGCAUCACUUCAUCCGAUGACAGAUGACCAGAUUUUCCAAGCUAUUAAUGCUGGCCAGAUUCAUGGUGAACAGGACUGGGAAGAGUUUCAUCAGAGGAUGGAGGCCCUUUCAGGCUUUCUUAUAAAGAGGCGUGACAAAACAAGAAUGUUCUGCCAUCCUUCCUUCAGGGAGUGGCUUGUUUGGAGAUCAGAUGGUGAAAAUACUGACUUCCUGUGUGAACCAAGGAAUGGGCAUGCUCUCCUGGCAUUCAUGUUCUCUCGGCAGGAAGGAAAGCUAAACCGGCAGCAAACCAUGGAACUUGGGCAUCACAUUCUUAAAGCUCACAUUUUCAAGGGGUUCAGUAAAAAGACUGGGAUUUCUUCUAGUCAUCUUCAAGCCCUGUGGGUUGGCUAUAGCACUGAUGGUUUGUCAGCAGCCCUUGCAUCUUUGAGAAACCUCUACACACCUAAUGUAAAGGUGAGUCGUCUCCUGAUUUUGGGUGGCGCAAAUGUAAAUUACAGAACAGAAGUUCUCAACAAUGCUCCUGUACUGUGUGUUCAAUCUCACCUUGGUCAUGAAGAAGUUGUCCUCCUCCUACUAGAAUUUGGUGCUGCAAUUGAUGGUGCAUCUGAGAAUGGGAUGACUCCACUUUGCUGUGCAGCAGCUGCAGGCCACCUAAACAUAGUGUCACUGCUUUACAAAAAAGGAGCCAAGAUUGAUUACUUGGACAAAAAGGGACAAUGUGCUUUGGUGCAUAGUGCUCUAAGAGGCCAUUUGGAUAUUCUUGAAUAUCUGCUCAGUGUGGAUUGGAACAUUUCUUCCCAUCUACAGACUUCACUGACAAAGCGCCAGGCGCUUCAGCAGGCUCUGACAGCAUCUUCAAGCAUGGGACACUGUCAGGUGGUUUGUUUUCUGAUAAGGACUGAAAUGGAGUCUAAAAUCGACAUCAAUGAAACCGAUAGCCUGUGGGGAGAAACAGCUUUGACAGCUGCUGCUGGGAGAGGGAAGUUGGAAGUAUGUGAGCUCCUCCUUGAUCAUGGUGCUCUAGUGACGAGAACGAACAGGAGGGGGGUCCCUCCACUUUUCUGUGCUGUGCGCCAGGGACAUUGGCAGAUUGCAAAACUUCUACUGGAACACAGGGCUGAUAUAAAUUUAAGUGACAAGCAAGGCAGGACACCGCUGAUGGUGGCUUCGUGUGAAGGACAUCUGAGCACUGUGGAAUUUCUAAUUGCUAAAGGUGCAGACAUUUCGUCACUGGAUAAAGAGGGUCUGACAGCACUGAGCUGGGCUUGCCUCAAAGGUCACAAAAGUGUGGUCCAGUAUUUGGUUGAAAAAGAUGCCACAAUAGACCAGACAGACAAGAAUGGAAGGACACCCUUGGAUCUAGCAGCUUUCUAUGGAGACUCCGAUAUUGUUCAGUAUUUAGUGGAAAAGGGUGCAGUGAUUGAACAUGUUGACAACAGUGGGAUGCGCCCAUUGGACAGAGCAAUUGGAUGUCGAAAUACAUCAGUGGUGGUCACACUGCUUCGAAAGGGAGCCAAAUUAGGAAAUGCAGCCUGGGCCAUGGCUACAUCAAAACCUGAUAUUCUGAUUAUCCUUUUACAAAAGCUAAUUGAAGAAGGAAACAUAAUGUACAAAAAAGGGAAGAUGAAGGAGGCAGCACAGAGGUACCAGUAUGCUUUACGGAAGUUUCCCCGAGAGAGCUUUGGAGAAGAAAUUAAAGCUUUCAAUGAGCUUAGAGUUUCCCUAUAUCUAAACCUGUCACGAUGCCGCAGAAAAACAAAUGAUUUUGGCAUGGCAGAAGAAUUUGCUACCAAGGCACUUGAUCUCAAACCCACAUCCUAUGAAGCCUAUUAUGCUAGAGCAAGAGCCAAGAGGAACAGCAGGCAGUUUCAUGCAGCUCUCAGUGACCUGCGCGAAGCCAUCAAGUUGUGCCCUGGCAACCAAGAAAUAAAGAGGCUGCUAAGUCGAGUGGAAGAAGAGUGCAAACAGCUCCAACGGGCCCAGCCACAGAAGCAGCCAUGUCCUCAGCCAGCCCUACAGAACGAUGACUCGAAGGAGGGGGAGGCCCUUGUGCAGGAUCACUUCAGUUUGGAAGAGAUAGAAGAGGAGGAAUUUUUGCACGAAGAGGAGCCUGACCCACCUACACAGAGGCUGCCGCUUUCCCAGGCUCCUCCAUCUUGCAGCAGAAAUCCUCAGGAAGGCAAUAAUCAGAAAUUCAGGCCUGUAUCUCCACCAAACCGCGCAGGCAACAAAUACCUGCGAGAGCCUGGCUUGACCAUGCAGCCCACCAAGCAAGCCCAGAUAGUAAAAACCAACCAGCACCUGAAUUCCAUCCAGUCCGGGACACGAACUGGAACAGGUCAGUCUGGCCCAAAAGCUCCGCCCCCUCAGUAUCUCCCUUCCAGCCCUGUGCCCUCCAGACACCUCACCAAUCUGAGCAACAGUAAGAGUCAGCAUCUGGAAGGGGCAAACCUGCUGCCUGCCAGCGUUGCUGCCGGGAAUAGCUCUGCCCUGUUCAAUGACAGACUAGCCACCAGCCCGUUUCCCUACUUGCAGCAGCCUGGUGACAAAGGGCCUCCUCAGCCUUUCAUGAGCAGAUCCAAGACACACGAGAGGCUGGCUGUCCAUACGCCUUCAAACUUGGAGAAGUCACCUCAAGGAAUGGGUGAAAUCAGGCAGCAGAGCUCUCUCUGUUCCAGCCCGGUUUCUGUUGGCCUGGUGGUCUCCAGUUCCACAAGCAGCUUAUCUUCAAGCAGUAGCUUCUCUGAGGGUGUGAAAGGGCAAGCUCCAGACACUCGGCUCAAGGAAAGCAAAGCGAACCAAGUUCAGAGCGGAGCAGCAGAGGCGAGGCCUCGCAAUACUCCUUUCAUGGGGAUUAUGGAUAAGGCAGUCCGCUUCCAGCAGCAGCAGCAGAUCAACCCACCCAAUCGCAGCUGGCAUGGCCAAGCUGCCGAAGGUUUCCUGAGAAGUGCUGCCGCCGCGGGGGGCUCUCUGCCCUUGAGCUGCGAGCCGUUCUCUGCCAAGCAGUUGGGCAGCUGUGGCAACCAGACGGCCACUUUCUCUUUCUCUCCUUCUGCUGCGACCCCAGGGGAGAGCAUCCAGAAUGGGACUCAGUCUCAAGAACUGGAGGAGCUCAAGUGCCAAGCAUCUGCCUGCCCUCAAGACAGCAGGAUAGCGAAGCCUGUGGCUCAUUUGUAUCAGGGAGUGCUCUCCAAACAGCUAAAUAAGGACAUUCAUUCCAGUCACAUCACUUCAACAAAGCCAAAGCGAUCUUUCGUAGAAUCUAAUGUGUGAACAAUUCUAGCUCUCUUAUCACAGAUUCAUAAUCGUGAUGAACCAUGUCCCUUGGUUGUAAAACUUAGUGCAUAGUGGCAUAAGUUGCUGAUAUUAAUUGCUGAUAUUUUACAGGGUGCAUAACAAAAACCUGAUCAUCUGACCGCUUCUUGAACAGUAUUCAAGCUAUCCAUGAUGGCCAGUAGUACUAAUCAAAACAUGGGCAAUCACAACUUAGCAAAGAAGCUGUAUCUUAAUGCAUUGGAAAAGGAAUUCCAUCAAUAAUGUCAAAUUUCAUUCUAAAAAAGGAUUUAAACUAGGCAUGCCUGGUUAACCAGAUUGGUCAGUAUACCAAGCAGAGUCCUUUUGAAAGGGUGAACAAUUUUUUUUUUUGUACAGCCAUGUAUAUUUCUUGUUGCUUAAAGUGGAUUAAUUUCUGCCAGGUGGUGGGAUCCAGAGAACAUCCACAUCUGUCCAUGAAUGUUUUCUUGUCAGGAAGAUUAAGCAUUAUUCUUCCAGCUUAAUAAGGAAGCAGGUGUCAUUUCAGGAAAACUUCUGUGCAAAUCGUUCAGCAGCCAUACUUUAUUCCAUCAUGUGAAUGAUUUUGACUGGGGUUAUUAAGAGGCACCAAAUAAAUUUCAGGGGGGCGGGUUGCAUGCAUUGUGUUCAACAUCCUGGUUAUUGCACUGAGUAAUAUAUUAUGACAUGUUAACAACAUAGAACAGCACUUUACAUAGUUUAUCUAAACACCUUUGCGGUGCUAUGUCAGUACAAGAGGGAGAAUAUGGAAGAAGAAAGCAGGUUUUGCUAGUUUUUAUAGAGCACCCAAUGAAUAUCUGAGGGAGUAGCAUAGUAAGUGCAUUGACUUUUUAUAGGAGGGGCGUGAUACUUUCCCUCAGUGCUUCAGAGGGAAAUGCCUUUAAAAUAAAAAAAAAAGAAAUUGCAAGAAUAUUUUCAAGAUGUUUGUAAGGACAUUUCUGUAAGGAAUAAAGGUUGGGGCUGUACAAGCUGGAGUCUUCUGUUGCCCUUGAACAAUUAUUUGCAUGUGUACAUUGUAACAGCAUUCUCGCACGGUUUUUUAAAAUUCCAUAAAGAAUUUGCGGUUUCUAAAUGAAUUGUUAUUCUCUAGCUUAUUUAUUGUUUCUCUUGGUAUUUGUACAAUCGUAUUUUAUUCUCUCGUUCUGUAGAUCUAUUUUUUUGCACAGCUACUGUAUUUUUCCCAUAUGAAAUAAAAUACUAUUAAUAUAGUU